CCGGGCAAGUUGUAUGAUGUAGCUAGACUAUUAGCCUGCAACUAUUCUGGCCCAAAACUUAUUCCGGCACAGAGGGUGGCAGUAAUGUAACUGUCUCGUUGGAUGUUAACCGCUAUUAAAAACCAUAGAAGAACAUUCCGACGAGGUGGAAAAUACUCAGUUGGGUCUGUAGAAUACCUUUAAUGGUGUUAUAUUUUAAACGAUACUCUUGAAGAAUGCUUAUUUUUUGUGAAAACACAGACGUUACAGAGACAACUGUUAACACUGCCAUACAAGGUCGCCUGUGGCAAGUCGAAACGGAAGCUGGACCUAGCUAGCUAGCUACUACCACCAAUUUCCGUUUUUCUUUUUCAACUUGAAACAACUGGUCUGGAGUCACACGCUAGUUAACAUUUUUAUUUUAAAAAUUCUGACACCAUGAGUUCUAAAGUUUUACAAAAUAGUGUUGCCCAACCUUCGACAAAGAUAUUAACAAGACAAUCAUCCAAAGUUUACGUUGAGCCAACACCAAGAGGUCCACUCAAGAGAAGGGCUCAAAACAAGAAGGCAGAGAAUAAAAUACCACCCACUGCAGUCAACGGCUCCGGAGACGACGAGGAAAAUGAGUCCCCCAGCAAGAAGAGUAAAUUGGAGGUUGAAGAAGCGGCUGAUGGCAGUGGGGACGAGAUGGAUGUCCAGGAUACAAAUGAAGACGACAAACCGAAACAGAAUGAUGACCAAGAGAUGAGUGCAGAAGAUGAUUCUCUACUUGUUGCCUCUGACCUAAAAAGGUCCAAAGAUGAAUUCCUAAAGAGGGGGAUGACCUUAGACACAACAGUUAAGAGUCUCCAAAGUCGUAGAUCUGUUCGUACACAAAAUCAAGUCCCAGACCUGCUCAGAAUCAAGACAGGUGAACCUUUAAAUAAAGAUGUUGUCUCGGACAAGUUUGCUCCCAGACCCAGACAAGUGGAGACUGCAAGGAGCACCAUGUCAGAGUACAGACAGAAAAUGGAAGGAAGAGUGAAGUCCACUUGUCCUCAGAGAACAGUAUAUGCCACUUUGAAUGCCUCUCACACGCCACAAUAUCAGCUGAACAAUAAAUCUCCCCAAACCACUAAACUCCAAAAGCAAGCUAAAAGGAAAUUGUCAGUUACCAAGCAACCGUCUGUGCCAUCUUCCAAAGGGUGUAUGGUAUGGAGGCUUUUGAAAAUCGUUCUGGCUCUUGUAACAGUUGCCUUGGGUAUCCUGGCUUACCAAAUGCUAGCCCAUCAACCUGGAGCAGAUGCAGGGCAUCCAGCCACCCCUCCAGCUAAUUUUGAGGCUCAUCUAUCUCACCUCGAGGCCCAAUUCGCCCGUCAACUUCCAGAGUUGUGGAGGAGAAGCAGGAUCCACUUAACGAAGCACCUCCAGACAGCCCAUCCCAAAGAGCCAGCCAGCCUGAUCCUGACUGCGGGCCGCGGGGCUGAAAGGACGCUGCGCUGCCUGGCCCAGGGUCUGGCCUCCGCCCUCUCCUCCGCCCUCAACGGCUCCGUCCUCCAGAUCGACGGAGACAGCAUGGCUGGCCAGGACAGCAACCAGGUCAAGUUCGACAUCGACGACAAGCUCCGGCGCGCCUUCGAGGGGGACAAGCCCGUGGCCGUCAUCCACCGCUUCGAGGAGCUGCCUCCGGGCUCCACCAUCAUCUUCUACCGCUACUGCGACCACGAGAACGCGGCCUACAAGCGGGCCUCGCUGAUCUUCACCGUGCUGCUCCCCCAGGAGGCGGUAGGUCAUGAGCACAACCUCAAGGAGGUGGAGGAGAUGGUGGAAGACCACCUCAAGGACAAGUUCCUCUCCUCAGACCACCCGGCUUCCUUCGACAGCAUGGACACGGACAAGUUAAGUGGACUGUGGAGCCGCAUCUCCCACCUCAUCCUGCCAGUGGCAGCAGAGGAGAGGAUAGAGCAGCAUGGGUGCGUAAGCUGAACAGAACUGAUCUGACAACCCAGGUUACAAGUCGGCACGCCUGAUAAGGACCAGGCGUGCUCCUCUCCCCCUAGCGGAGAUCGGGAGCAGUGGACUCGCUUCUUGAGACGGUGUCAGAGCGUCCGGAUGGGGCUAAACAGGUCAAACUAGAGCUUGUGUGCUCCUCUUCCAAAUGCCGACAUGACUUUGGUCAACUCUGACGUGUUCUACAUCAGCCUACUCUGAAAGUUUGAUUGCAGUCAUCUUCACUGGUAUCCAGAGUGAUUGUGUGAUUGCAAGCGCUGUGGGUUUUUGUUCCUGGCCCAAAGUUUUCUAUAGAGAUGCACAAAAUGAAUUUUAUAAGAUUAUCUAUUUGUUGAUACUUUGUCCUUUGCACUGUAUGGUUCUAAGAAAAUGGUAGCAUAUGUUUUAUGGCUUUGGAAGGGACUGCACUUAAAUGAAAUGGAAUGUAAUUUCAAAAAAGUUAUAAUUGAUAUGUUACUGAGUUCUUAGACUGGUUAUAUCCUUAUGUAGAUUAAUAUGCAUAUUUUGUAUACCCUGAAUCUAAACUUUGACCUACGUGUUAAUAAAAUGACUGAAACUCAGUUUAUUUAAAUUCAACCAAUCAAAAUGUC